AUGAUUUAUAUUCUCUCGUCGUUUUAUGAUUGUAACUAUUCGAAACAUGUCAAAUUUACAGGUUAUUCCACUCCACAGCCAGUAUUGUCAAGAUUUCCAAUGCACAUGUGUCACGAUGCAACCACGAUUAUUUUAAUGAUUUUUUCAAUUUGUUCAAUCGUGUGCUUGAUUGUCAUGAAUGUCAUAUUUUCAAUCAUUUUAUCCAAUUCACAUGUGUUAAAUAAGGCCAUGUUUAUUGUAGAGACACCUACCUUUCCUAUCGUCAUGUUGACCAUUUCAGAGUUGCAGUUGGCAAUCAUGUACUUUAUUCCAGAAUCACUCGUUUAUGUUCGAUCCAUUCUACAUAUUGUCUUGUCCUUUGUUUUGAUUCCAAUGCUAUUUUAUUCAGUUCCAUAUUUUAAACGAGUGGAAAAUUCCAUCAUGAGUGGUGUGUGUUUUGCCAAAUGUUUGGCUCCUGUUGGAAGUUUAGUGAGCUAUUUUUCCAACUCGUCCAAUGAACGAUUUUUAGGAUUGGGUCUGUCGUUUUUGCCACUUGCUCUCAUUAUUGGUGGAUUUUUCAUUGGAUUUGUUGCCAUGGAAAUCUAUACAAGAAUGGUAGUGUGGUCCAUUCGAAAAGACAUGAUGUUCAAUUUUGAUCCCACUCUCUCAGAUACUGAAAAUAUUCAAAGAUUAGAGAAAGAGUCUUCGUUUUUGGUGAAAGAUCUCGAAGCUACUAAAAGAAUGAGAAGCUUUGAAAUGUUUAUCAAGUUUAGCAUUUUGAAUCAUUCUAAAAUUAGAGGAACUCAAUUGCACGAUCGUGAUUUAGGAAUUGCCAUUGUCAAGUCCAUGACGAAUCACAAAAAUUUCACACAAUCCAACAUUUUAUGUUUGGCUGGAAUUCUAGUUGCCUUUUUUUGGGAAGAAGAAUUCAAUCGAUUUGGAUUCGCAUCUGCCAUGCUGAAACGAGCGUUCAAAACAAGUCUGGAAUUAUACAAGAUCUCAUCUAUCGAGAACGAAUCAUGGAAAUUGAGAUUGCUUCAGAACAAGCACGAGGAGUUAAACGUUCGAUUGCUGACAUUGUAG